CAGGCUGCGAGGCUUCAGCGAGCGAGCGACGUGCGAGCCGGGGAGGGAGGGAGGGAGCGAGCGAGCGAGCGAGCAGCCGCGCCGCCGCCUCGCAAUCCGCCGCCAUCCCGCCGCCUCCGCGCCCGACCGUCGCCCGACCGCCAUCGCCCGGCCCAGUCGCGCCCGCGGAACCAGACCAGGCAGAUCGGGAGCGGUGCCGAGAAAAAUUUCCUUACUAGAUGACAUUUCAGCGCAAUGUCCGAUCGUUUGGGGCACAUAACCAAGGGCAAGGAUGGGAAAAGCAAGUACUGGACGCUCAGCCUGUUUGACAAGCAUAAAGGAAAACCAGUAGACGCCGUCAGGUCCUCAGUUAUUCCUCGACAUGGCUUACAGAGUCUCGGGAAAGUUGCCACAGCCCGCCGUAUGCCACCGCCUGCGAACCUGCCAAGCUUGAAGUCUGAGAACAAAGGAAACGACCCCAACAUCGUUAUAGUGCCCAAAGACGGGACGGGAUGGGCAAACAGGCAGGAUCAGCAAGACCCAAAGAGUUCCAGUGCGACGGCCUCUCAGCCGCCGGAGUCGCUGCCGCAGCCGGGUUUGCAGAAAUCUGUCUCCAGUUUACAGAAACCGACACAGUCACCCAGUCAGGAGAAUACAAAUUCAGUGCCAGGUGGACCAAAGUCAUGGGCACAGCUGAAUGGAAAGCCAGCAGGACACGAAGGUGGUUUAAGGGGCUCAAGCCGACUAUUAUCCUUCUCUCCCGAGGAAUUUCCGACGCUGAAAGCAGCUGGAGGGCAGGACAAGGCUGGCAAAGAAAAGGGCGUCUUAGAUCUGUCGUAUGGGCCAGGACCAAGCCUCCGCCCGCAGAAUGUGACAAGCUGGAGGGAGGGCGGUGGGCGAAACAUAAUUUCUGCCACGUCUCUGAGCGCCUCCCCAACUGAGCUGGGCAGCAGGAACUCGAGUGCGGGAGACGGAGCCCCCUCCUCGGCAUGCACCAGCGAUUCUAAGGACCCCUCUCUCCGCCCGGCUCAGCCUGUCCGAAAAGGGGCUUCACAGUUCAUGGGGAAUGCAUACCACCCACCUACAUACCAUGACAUGCUUCCUGCUUUUAUGUGUUCGCCACAGUCAUCCGAGAACCAGGGUCCAGUGGAACGAGGAUCCUUUCCCCUUCCCCAGCUCCGUCUUGAACCCCGGGUUCCUUUUAGACAGUUCCAGAUGAAUGACCAAGACGGCAAAGAAAACAGGCUGGGAGUGACUCGCCCGACCCGUCCACUGAGGCAGCUGGUGGAACGGGCUCCCCGGCCCACCAUCAUCAAUGCGGAAAACCUGAAAGGUCUCGAUGACCUGGACACCGAUGCCGAUGACGGCUGGGCAGGCCUGCAUGAAGAAGUGGAUUACUCCGAGAAGUUGAAGUUCAGUGAUGAUGAAGAGGAGGAAGAAGUGGUGAAAGAUGGCAGGCCCAAGUGGAGCAGCUGGGACCCCAGGAGGCAGAGGCAGUUGUCACUGAGCUCUGCAGACAGUGCUGAUGCCAAGCGCGCCCAAGAGGAAGGAAAGGACUGGGCCGAAGCAGCGAGCACGACCCGUGUCAUCCGGAAGGUGCCAGAACCCCAGCCACCUCCCCGGAAGCUCCAUGGCUGGACCUCAGCCCCUGACUACCAGAAAUCCUCCAUGGGCACCGUGUUCCGGCAGCAGUCUGUCGAGGACAAAGAGGACAAGCCGCCCCCACGGCAGAAGUUCAUCCAGUCGGAGAUGUCCGAGGCUGUGGAGCGAGCCCGGAAGCGCCGGGAAGAGGAGGAACGCCGGGCCCGGGAGGAGAGGCUGGCCGCCUGUGCCGCCAAACUCAAGCAGCUGGACCAGAAGUGUAAGCAGGCUCAGAAGGCGAGCGAGGCCCAGAAGCAGGCGGAGAAAGAAGCCCCCUGCUCUCCAGGCUCCGAGAAGGCGCCCCCACAGGAGAACGGCCCUGCUGUCCGCAAAGGCUCCCCCGAGUUCUCUGCCCAGGAAGCCCCCACCACGUUUACAGAAGAAGCCCCCACAGCUCCUCCAGCUGUGGCUCAGAGCGGUGGCAGUGAGGAAGGGGCCAGGGAGGCUGGGUCCCCUGCACAAGAAUUCAGCAAGUACCAGAAAUCACUUCCUCCCAGAUUCCAGCGCCAGCAGCAGCAGCAGCAGCAGCAGCAGCAGCAGCAGGAGCAGCUGUACAAGAUGCAGCACUGGCAGCCCGUGUACCCUCCGCCGUCCCACCCGCAGCGCUCCUUCUACCCGCACCACCCUCAGAUGCUGGGCUUCGAUCCCCGCUGGAUGAUGAUGCCCUCCUACCUGGACCCGCGGAUCCCGCCCGCGCGGACCCCCGUGGACCUCUACCCCUCGGCCCUGCACCCCUCAGGACUGAUGAAACCCAUGAUGCCCCAGGAUUCCCUCAGUGGGACUGGCUGCCGCUCUGAGGAUCAGAGCUGUGUGCCCCCACUACAGGAAAGGAAAGUGACCGCCGUGGAUCCAGCCCCUGUGUGGAGCCCUGAGGGUUACAUGACAUUGCAGAGCAAGGGCUACUCGCUCCCCCACCCGAAAUCCAGCGACACUUUGGCCAUGGACAUGCACGUCAGGAAUGAAAGCUCUUACUCUGCCUCACCUGGAAGGUCAGGGGGCGUAAGUGCCCAGCGCGAUCUCCUUGAGGAGAGAGGCGAGGAGUUCUUGAGUGCUUUUGACAAGAAGGCCCCCGCAGACUUUGACAACUGUGUCUCUUCUCAAAGAAUAGGCCAGGAGCUUUUGUUUCCACCCCAAGAAAAUGUUCAGGACGCAGGUGCUCCCGGGAGUCACCCCCCAGACCUCAGGGGCUCCCCACUGGAGCCCGACUUUGUCCCGGCUGAGAAAAAGCCCGAGUACAGCAGCUGGGACAUUAGCCACCAGCCCAAGGCCGCGGACACAGCCACCAGUGUCGAGAAAGAGGCGCCCCGGGAGGAGCCGUCCUUCAGCGUCUCCUCCUGGGAGAAGGAGGGGAGCCCCAGCCAGCCGCCGGCCCUGGAGCCCGAGUGGCCGCGGGAAGCCCGGGGCGCCAGCAGCCAGCACCAGGAGCAGCCUGGCAGGACCCGGCGAUCAGGGCCCAUCAAGAAACCUGUCCUGAAAGCCCUCAAGGUGGAAGACAAGGAGAAGGAGCUGGAGAAGACGAAGCAGGAGCCCGCGGAGGCCGGGACCCGCCUGGCCCAGGAGUCGGGGCCGGGGCGCAGCGCAGCGGAGGACGAGGACCUGGAGAAGGACCCUGCGCUGGCCAGCUUAGCCCCGGCUGCCUCGGAGGAUCCGGGCUCUGGCCGCGCCAGCUCAGGCCGGGAGGCCAGCAAGCCCGAGGAGGACGAGAAGCCCGCCAGGGCCUGGGAGACCAGACCCUCCCGGGAGGCCAGCCACACUCCCCCCACAAAGAGGAACAACUGGAUCUUUAUCGACGAGGAGCAGGCCUUCGGGGGCCGAGGGCAGGCCCGGAGCCGCGGCCGCGGAUUCCGAGAGUUCACCUUCCGUGGGCGGCCUGCGGGCGGCGGCAGCCUCUGCGGCGGGGGCGUCCUUGGGGCGCGGGGCCUCUACGGCAGCAGCCAGAGGAGCAGCCGAGGCCGGGGACUGCGGGAGUUCGGGCAGCCAGAGGACUUCCCCAGGGCCAAGCCCCGGCGGAGGAUCGCCAGCGAGACCCACAGCGAGGGCUCCGAGUACGAGGAGCUGCCCAAGCGGCGGCGGCAGAGAGGCGCGGAGGCCGGGGACGAGGGCCCGCGCCUGGAGAGGGAGGAGGCCGCCGUGAGGAAGGGCGACUUCAAGGAGUCCUGGCGGUCCAGCAGGAUGUACCCCGAGGACCACGGGGGCCUGGAUGCCAAGAACCGAGGCCCCCGGGCCUUCGGCCGGGCCCUGCCCCCGCGGCUGAGCCACUGCGCGUACGGCCGGAGAACCUUCGUGGCCAAAGAGUCUGCCCACUGGCAGAGCAGGAGCCCCGGUGCCUCCUGGCCGGAGUACAGCACCCCCGACACGUGCGGGGCCCGGCGGCCCCUGGACAGAGACUACAUCCCAGACGCCUACAGACACUCUGAGCCGUUGGGCGCCCGGGGCUUCGAGGACGGCCACGUGGAGGACAAGAGGCCCUUCUUUCAAGACGACCACGCGGCAGAUUCUGAAAAUGCCGAGAACCGGCCCUUCAGGAGGAGGCGGCCCCCGCGCCAGGACAAGCCCCCUCGCUUCAGGCGCCUCCGACAGGAGCGAGAGUCCCUGGGCCUGUGGGGGCCAGAGGAGGAGCCGCCCCUGCUGGCGGGCCAGUGGCCGGGCCGGCCCAAACUCUGUCCCGGGGACAAGAGCGGUGCCACAGGCCGCAGGUCCCCCGAGCUCUCCUACCAGAACUCCUCGGACCACGCCAACGAGGAGUGGGAGACCGCCUCUGAGAGCAGCGACUUCAGCGAGAGGCGGGAGCGGCGAGGUGGCCAUGGGCCCGAGCCUGACCCCCAGGCCGAUGGCAGCCUGCCCGGGGCGAGCGUGGGUGAGAAGAAGGAGCUGGCCAAGCGGAGCUUCUCCAGCCAGAGACCCCUGGUUGACAGACAGAGCCGAAAGCUGGAGCCGGGAGGGUUUGGGGAGAAGUCUGUUAGGCCAGGUGGUGGCGAAGCAUCUCCCCGUUAUGAGAGCCAACAGAAUGGGACGCCUUUGAAAGCCAAAAGGUCCCCGGACGAGGCCUUGCCUGGAGGUCUUGGCUGCAGUGGUGGGAACGGCCACUACCCACUGGAGCGGGCAGCCCAUGCCACCUCUGACAUCUCCGAAGCCACCUGUGAGAAGGCAGAGAAGGAGGCCAAGCUGGCUGCCCAGCGGGCAGGAGAGCCUGGAGAGACCAUGGCACAGUUUGACCUGAACUACGGAAGUGCCAUCAUUGAAAACUGUGGGUCCAGCCCUGGGGAGGAGAGUGAGGCGGGCUCCGUGGUGGGAGAAGGCUUCAUCGAGGUCCUGACCAAGAAGCAGCGCCGCCUGCUGGAGGAAGAGAGGAGAAAGAAGGAGCAGGCUGUGCAGGUACCUGUCAAAGGUCGAGGGCUUUCCUCUCGUAUUCCUCCUCGGUUCGCAAAAAAGCAAAACAACCUGUGCCUGGACCAAGGUGAUGGGACCAUGCCUGGCAAUGGCCUGGGCACCGAGAUCUGGGAGAGCAGCAGCCAGGCCCUCCCCGUUCAGGCCUCCACCAGCGACUCCUGGACCAAAGCUGCCCCUGCCUUCAGCAGCACUGAGCCUGGCACUGCCGAGCAGGGUUUUAAGAGCAGCCAGGGAGACAGUGGUGUUGACUUGAGCGCCGAGUCUCGUGAGUCGUCUGCGACCUCCUCACAGCGCAGCUCCCCCUACGGAACCUUGAAACCCGAGGAAGUGAGUGGGCCCGGCCUGGAACCCAAGGCUGACAGCCACAAGGAGCAGGCUCAGAAGCAGUCGGAGCCGAAGGAUUCAGAACAAGGCUCGGGGCAGAGCAAGGAGCACAGACCGGGACCCAUCGGCAACGAGCGUUCUCUGAAAAACAGAAAGGGCUCGGAGGGGGCCGAGCGGCUGCAAGGAGCUGUGGUCCCCCCUGUUAACGGCGUUGAGAUUCACGUGGACGCCGUGCUGCCGGUGCCGCCCAUUGAAUUUGGAGUCAAUCCAAAAGACUCCGAUUUCAGCUUGCAGCCUGGUUCUGCUUCUGGGCCCACAGGGAAUCCAGUUGUCAAACUUCAGGACGCAUUGGCUAGUAACGCGGGGCUGACCCAGAGUAUCCCCAUCCUCCGGCGGGAUCAUCACAUCCAGAGAGCCAUCGGCCUCUCCCAAAUGUCCUUCCCCACCGCCGACCUCACUCUGAAGAUGGAGUCUGCACGCAAGGCUUGGGAAAACUCGCCCAGUUUGCCGGAGCAGAGCUCUCCAGGGGGUGCCGGCUCGGGCCUCCAGCCCCCGUCCUCGGGGGGAGCCUCCAGUGGGGUCAGCUACAGCUCCUUCGGGGGAGUCUCCAUGCCACCCCUGCCCGUGGCCUCGGUCGCACCGUCCGCUUCCCUUCCAGGCAACCACCUGCCACCUCUCUACCUGGACGGCCACGUGUUUGCAAGUCAGCCCCGGCUGGUUCCUCAGACGAUACCUCAGCAGCAGAGUUACCAACAGGCCGCCGCCGCCGCCCAGCAGAUCCCGAUUUCCCUUCACACGUCUCUGCAAGCGCAGGCCCAGCUUGGCCUGAGGGGCGGGCUCCCCGUCUCCCAGUCUCAGGAGAUCUUCAGCUCCUUGCAGCCGUUCAGAUCUCAGGUGUACAUGCACCCCAGCCUGUCACCACCCAGCACCAUGAUCCUCUCUGGAGGCACAGCCUUGAAGCCCCCCUACUCGGCGUUCCCAGGCAUGCAGCCUCUGGAGAUGGUGAAGCCCCAGUCUGGCUCACCCUACCAGCCCAUGAGUGGGAACCAAGCUCUGGUCUACGAGAGCCAGCUCGGCCAGGCCGCUGGGCUCGGCGCCUCCCAGAUGUUGGACUCCCAGCUCCCGCAGCAGCUGACGAUGCCGCUGCCUGGCUCCCAGCUGCCUCUGCCUCGGUAUGGCUCCGGGCAGCAGCCCCUGAUCCUGCCACAGUCCAUCCAGCUGCCGCAGGGGCAGAGCCUCUCUGUCGGGGCCCCCCGAAGACUUAUCCCGCCUGGGUCCCAGCCUUCGGUCCUUAACACCAGCAGAGAGUCCUCUCAGAUGGAGAUGAAGGGCUUCCACUUUGCCGACAGUAAACAGAAUGUUCCUUCGGGAGGCUCCGUGCCGUCGCCGCAGACCUACAGGCCUAGCUCUGCUAGCCCCAGUGGGAAGCCCUCUGGAUCAGCAGUUAACAUGGGCUCUGUGCAGGGACACUACGUUCAACAGGCAAAACACCGAGUGGAUGAAAAGCCCAGCCUGGGAGCCGUGAAGCUGCAGGAGGCCCCCUCAGCCGCUUCCCAGAUAAAGCGAACUGGAGCGAUCAAACCUCGGGCGGUGAAGGUGGAGGAGAGCAAGGCCUGAAGGUGCUCCCCGCCUGCCCCGGAGACGCCGCCGGGGCCGGGGAGCCCCAGGUGGGCCCGCCGCCCAGCCCCCUGGCCCGGACUGCGAGAUCUCCUCUUCACUCCUUGAAGCUCCGUCGUCCAGCCAGCUUGCACCCGUGGGUACAUGGCAUUGACCUGCUUGCUUUAACGUGAAACAAACGGAAAAGCAGACGGCUCCGUUCCCAUCUUCUCUCCGUCACGAGCCUGGAGUGACCGAGCCUCCGAGCAGCGCCCAUCAACCCUCCCGCCCGCCCUCCCCGGCCCUCCCGCAGCCGGGGCGCCCUCCGCCGUGCUUCCCGCCCCAGCACGGCGGUUUGGCAGCAGGGCCACUUCCGUUUGAGGCUUUUCGUUUUAAAAAGCAGCUGAGGUUUUUACAAGGGAGAAAGAAAAGAAAACAAAACCACAA